UAGUAAUAAUAGCUAUUUAGUAUUUUAUUAAUAAGAUGGCAGCCUUCACGAAAGCUAUACAGAUUUCAAAAGGUGUAAAUAAUGUGACAAAACUGUUUACAAAUUUAGUUUUAUCACAAAAUGUAAAUUCAGUUACGACUUCGAUGUUUAUUCAAAGGGUCCCUACUUUUCAAUAUUCUCUCAUUCAUACUACACCUAAAUGUAAUGAUUUGAUGGAAUUUUUUGAUAACCCAAAAAAUUGGGAAAAGGAUAAAGUACGUGUUGGGCGUUCUUGGAAAAAAGAUGAACUAAGAUUAAAAAGCAAUGAAGACCUUCAUAAAUUAUGGUUUGUAUUAUUAAAAGAACGCAAUAUGCUUCUAACAAUGGAAGAAAUUUAUAAACAAGAAUGGAAAUAUUUUCCAAAUCCUGAAAGAAUUGAUAAAGUUGAAGAUAGUAUGGCUAACUUAGAGUCAGUAGUUCGUGAAAGAAAUAAAGCAUACUAUAUGCUUGAAACUGGAACAACUGGAGAACGACCUGUUGUAACAAAAUAUAAUCCUCUUGGUCUACGUUACUUUUAUCGAAUGAGUCAAUAUUCUAGACCAAAACAUCAAAAUUCUGCGUGGCAUAAAAAAUAUAAAUUUAAUUUUGGUGGAUAUGCAGUGCAAAAAUUUUUGCGACUUUAUAGAGAGAAAUUAUGGAAUGAAAAACGUAAAUUAAUGAAUCGUCAAAGAAAUAAGGUGGCUGUUUUGAUGCGAACUUUCCCCAAUCUUGAUAUGGAAGCUGUGAAAGAACAAUAUCCAUUAGCAGAUAUAGAAAAGGCAAAGAAGCAUAGACAUGCAGAUGGACACUUUAUACGUGAUUAAAUGCAUUUUUUCACUACAUGAUAUUUUUAACUUUUGAAAUAGAUUGCAAUAUUGAUAAAAGUACUUUCAAUUAAAAUAAUAUUAAAUGUGACAAAAUUAAAUUCAAAGUAUAAUUCUACAACAAAUAUUUCAACACUUAAAUGCUAUGAAUAUUUGUAAAAAUGUUCACAUCUAAUUGCUCAUAAGUAUCAUUAUAUAUUAUUUUAUAUAUAAUCUAGAAUUCAGUUCAAGAAAUGAUAAUGACACAAAUUAUUAUAUAGAAGAAUUUAUUGCAAUAAAAACAAAGUAAAAGAUACGAGAUAUUACUAUACUUAUCCAAUAUAUAAUUAAAAUUCAAAUUUUUCAUUACAUUGUACAAGAAAGAAGAACAAGACGUGUUUUUGCUUUUAUUUUGGUGACUAGUUACAAUUUUAUUUCUAUUUAUUUUUUGUUUGUAACUUUGAAGAUCAUAUACGGUGAUGUUGACAUUGUGCAAAAAUUCUAUGGCUGUAAUAUUUAAGAAUGCUUGAUCAAAGCAUGUAAAAUUUAACAUCUUUUCCCUUUAGACACAUUAGAAACUAACAUGUGUUGAUUAUGUUCCAAUUUUGUAUCAUAUAUAACAUACGCAAAUUUCAUAUUACAAUUGCGUACAUUAAUAAGUCUCUUUAAUUCAAUAUUUUAUCACAAUUGUAUGUGACUACAUGAAACAAUGCACAUAGGAUUAGAAUUUUAUUCACAAUGAUUUACAACCUGCAUCGGUUCACGUAGUUUUUGGUAAUGAAAAGAUGUAUGAUUGUAAAAUAAAAAAGUUGUUCACAUUAUAAGAAGAAUUAAAAACCAA